UUAGUUCAGUCCUGGUUCAGUCAUGGUUUAGUUCUCGUUUAGUCCUGGUUUUGUCUCAGCCGCAGACGGGUCUCAACGUGGUUUGUGGUGUAGGCUUUGUAACAGUUGCCUGUGUCUCAAACUGAAACUUUUUUACUUUUCAGAUUUGAACCAAAGCCAAAGAUGGAUCACACAGAGGUACAGGAGGGCAUCUGACACACAGGAAGGGCAUCUGACACACAGGAAGGGCAUCUGACACACAGGGAGGGCAUCUGACACACAGGAAGGGCAUCUGACACACAGGGAGGGCAUCUGACACACAGGGAGGGCAUCUGACACACAGGGAGGGCAUCUGACACACAGGGAGGGCAUCUGACAUGGUGGCGCUAGCCCAGUAUUCAGGAUUUAGGUUCGGCCCCUUUUGUACAGACAGCUCCGUGUCAAAUAAAUUGGAGGAAGACAAAUUUCACCAAAAAUUCUGAUUUUCCAGAAUUUUUUAGACAUGCCUAGAUAUGCUUCCAUAGACUUUAUAUGUAAACCAGAUGCUCUGAGUCUGGUGCAUCUUGACACUCAUCUAAUCUUUGUUCUCCAGCCCCCAGACCUCUCAGAGUUUGAGUCAUGGACCAGUUCCUGGUCUACAGAAGACCCGUUUACAGAGGACUAUGACGGUCUUAUGUGUGAGCGCUCAGAGGUGCUGCAGUUCCGGGCCGGGCUAGAGCCAGUCUUGUUCUGGACUGUGGCCGUCCUUGGUCUGGCGGGGAACCUGCUGGUGCUGUGGGUGUAUCUGUGGAGAGGACGGGGUGUGUGCGGGGGACGGGGCCUGAAGGCACUGACUCACCUGUACCUCUUACACCUGUGUGCUGCAGACCUCUUCUUCCUGCUCACGCUCCCCCUGUGGGCGCACCAGAGUACUGAAGGAUGGACUUUGGGCGCCCCGCUCUGUAAGGUCACCGCCGCCAUGUACAAGGUGAACCUAUUCUCCGUGAGCCUGUUCCUCGCCUGUAUUGCGGUCGAUCGUUACGUGGUCAUCGUUCACCCGACAGCAGCGCUGAACUCUCAGCGGCAGCGACGCAACUGGGCUCGAGGCAUUAGCGUUAGCGUGUGGCUGCUAGCGCUGCUGUUAGCCACGCCAGAGCUUGCCUUCGCCACAGUAACAACUCAGGAUGAUCACAUGACCUGCCGCACGCAGUACCCUGCCCACUGGGGCCGUGUCGGCAAGGCAACCGCCCUCAGCCUCCAGGUCUCAUUAGGGUUCUUCGUCCCAUUGGUUGUCAUGGCUGGGUGCUACCUAGUGAUUGGUCGUCGGCUGCUUAUGACUCACACUUUUCACAAGCACCGCCCUCUUUUGGUCAUCAUGGCAAUCGUCCUGGUCUUUAUCAUCACUCAGCUUCCUCACAACUGCGUCCUGAUCACCGAGAUCUGGGAUGCUCACACCACAAGCCUCAACUGUGCGGAUCGCAAAGUCCUGGAUAAAACUGGUCUGGUCCUUCAGGCGGUGGCCUUCUCUCACCCCGCCCUCAACCCCUUCCUUUAUGCUCUGAUUGGUCGCCGCUUCAGACAGGAAUUGAUGUCAUUGCUGCCACGCUCCAGCACUCAAAAGAAGAACAUCUCCCUGUCCUUCAAGAACCGCCCCCGGACUCUGUCGGACAGUGAAACAUCACAGGGACUGUCCCUUUAAAUGUUAUUAUUAUGAUGUUUAUUUUAAUUAUUAUUAUUAUUAUUAUUAUUAAAAAUAAUCCUGUACUAACUAUGUGUAUGUCAGUGGCCGACUGCCCUGUGUUAUUUACAUUAGGACCACGACAGAACCAGGACUAAACCAGGACUAAACCAGGACUUUAAAGCCCGUCUCUGCACGGGUCCUAGAGCUGCUGCUGUUUGACUUUUGUAAAUAAAGACCUUUGCUUUGUG